GUCACCCCCCAACCCACACACUCAAGAGACUGGCCAUGUGUACGUGGAAACGGAUUCCCCGCUGUCUCCCGAGUUGACUUUAGAGCCACUACCCAGAAAAAUCAAAGUCUCACAAAUCGACCUCUAUGACGGAACGUCGGAUCCCGACGCCCAUUUCGGCCACUAUAUCUCGUGGAUGGACCUGCACGGGGCCACUGACGCUCUCAGGUGCCGCAUGUUCUCCCUAACUCUGGGGCCAAAAGCCCAGAAAUGGUAUUAUUCGUUACCGACACAGUCCAUCCGACGUUGGGGCCAACUCAGGUCGACCUUCCACUCCCACUUCAUUGGAGCACAGGUCUACCUAAUUCCAAAAGAGUCAAUAACCAACAUCGUCCAAAAGGACGACAAAAGCUUGAAAGAGUACGUCGCACGCUUCAACGAACGCGUACAUAACAUAGAACCGUGCCAUCCUGAAACUCUCCUCUUGAGUGCCAUCUCCGGGCUGAAAUCCAAGUCGAUGUUCAGGUGGGCACUUUGCCAAAACAAGCCCAGCACGUUUCAGGAAUUCUUAAUCCGAGCGCAGAACCACGUGAUUGCCGAAGAAAGCAUGUCGGUCCCUGACCUCACAUUCACCUCCCAGGGACAGAAGCCGACGUCGGAGAAGAAGAAAAAGUCCUUUGGCAACUCAUCCAAAAAGACCCCCUCUGCGGACCCGAGGUGGGGAGAUCCGAACUAUCCCGAGGUGCGAGCAGCUCGGAAACAAUAUCGAGAAGAUUUGAAGGCAGGAUACCGAUCCAUUUACUCGGUCGGGGCAGCUGCCAUUUACGAAGAAAUAAAGAGAAAGGGAAUCAUCCGAGACGCCCGACCAGUGAAAACCUGGAGAACCAACUCGACAAAGCCAGAUACUGUGAUUAUCACCGGUCGCUGGGCCAUAACACGGACGAGUCAGGUGAUGACCUCGGACCUCAGAGAGACGAUCAACGCCCGCACCUGCCCCAUCACCUUCACGUUGGAAGACGCAAACCUGUUCGACCAUUCGCAUUCAGACGCGCUCAUAAUUACAGCCCCCAUCUGCGGCAUCCCUGUUCACCGGAUCAUGGUGGAUACUGGGGCCUACACGAGCAUACUCAUGCUCAAAGCGUUCAACAAGCUCAGAAUCGACCCAUCCGAAGUCCGUCCCUGCAACGACCGCGUUCACGGCUUCAAUGGAAGCAUAACACUCCCAUUGGGAGAAAUAUCUCUUCCCAUCGGAUUUGGGGGACACGGACAGACGUCCAAAGUCAUUAUGGAGACCUUCAAA